AUUUUCCUCGUUUCCAUCUCCUUUUAGUUUCCCGCCCAAGCUCCCUUUUGUUUCAUUCCCUCUUUGUAACUAUCUUUGAAAUGGCGCCCAAGGCCGAGAAGAAGCCCGCCGAGAAGAAGCCAGCAGAGAAGCCUGCGGAGGAGAAGGUGGCGGAGAAAGCUCCAGCUGAGAAGAGGCCAAAGGCAGAGAAGAAGCCCAAGGCGGAGAAGAAGCUGCCCAAGGAAGGAGGCUCUGCCGGUGACAAGAAGAAGAAGAAGGCGAAGAGGAGCAGUGAGACGUACAAGAUCUACAUAUUCAAGGUUCUGAAACAAGUCCACCCUGACAUUGGGGUCUCGAGCAAGGCCAUGGGCAUCAUGAACAGCUUUAUCAACGACAUUUUCGAGAAGCUCGCCCAGGAGGCAUCCAGGCUCGCUCGCUACAACAAGAAGCCUACCAUCACCUCUCGGGAGAUCCAGACCGCUGUUCGUCUUGUUCUUCCUGGCGAAUUGGCCAAGCACGCUGUAUCUGAGGGUACCAAGGCUGUCACCAAGUUCACCAGUUCUUAGAAUGUAGAUCCGUCUGCAGUCCAGUUUUUGUUUCUGAGGUCCUUGACUCCUUUUGGGUAGAAGAACAUAGUACAAAAUGUAAUUUUGGAAGAUCAUAAUUUUUAGGGUUUUUUGGGGGUUCUUUCAAAUGUUUCUGUUCUGAUCAUCUGAGUCAAAGGUUCUUGGGAUUGUCUUGAUCCAUCCUUACUGUAAAUUUUGAUAUUGAAAUGCGACUGUGCUCGGAGCCAUUUUGUAUUC